AUGUUGGUUUUGCGGUAUUUGGCGUCGUUCUAUCACUACGUCAACUAUGAAGUCAGCGAUCCGCGUGUCAACGAUUGGCCGUUGAUGCACACACCCUGGCCAGGGGCUACCAUACUGGGACUCUACCUGAUGUUCGUCCUUAAAUGGGGCCCCAAAUGGAUGGAACACCGGAAACCCUUCCGAAUCGACACCAUCAUAAAGUACUACAACCUGGCGCAAGUGUUCAUCUGUGCAUAUCUGUUCAUUGAGGGUCUUCGGCUCGGGUACCUCCGUGGGUACAGUUUCCUCUGCCAACCGGUUGACUAUACGCCGACCGAGGUGCCAACGUUGAUCGCCAAACGCUGCUACUACUACUUCCUGGUGAAGGUGCUCGAUCUGCUCGACACGAUCUUCUUCGUGCUGCGCAAGAAGCAGAACCAGGUGAGCUUCCUGCACGUGUACCAUCAUACCGGCAUGGUGAUGCUGAUCUGGAGCGGCGUUAAGUGGUUCCCCGGUGGCCACGGGGUGUUCAUGGGCUUCAUUAACAGCUUCGUGCACGUCGUCAUGUACUUCUACUACUUCCUGACCUCCGUCAGCCCAAAGUACAAGGCUAACCUCUGGUGGAAGAAGUACAUCACACAGCUGCAAAUCAUCCAGUUCGGCAUGAUCUUCCUGCAGUGGUUCGUGUUGUUGUUCCAGCCCAACUGCGCCUUCCCGAAGUGGCCCCUGUUUGUGAUACUGCCACAGAAUCUCUUCAUGUUCUUCCUCUUCCUUGACUUCUACUACAAGGCGUACAUGAAGAAGAAGCCGACCGCUGCCAAGCCACGACUCAGCAACGAGCCAGCGCAGAACGGAAAAACAUGUGACGACCUCAACGGCCAUACGAACGUGAACCACGACGGAAGCAACUGCAUAAAGCGCAACUCAUCCAAGGAGGUCACCGCCUCCUAA